AUGACGCCGCAAGAGGAGAGGGAGAGCGCGCGCGGGGCGGAGAUCGCCGACGCCUUCGAGGAGGAGAUGUUCGGCCCGCCGAGGACCGAGCCCGCGGCGCGGCCCAAGCUCUCCAUGAUCUCCGCGCGCCUCCGCGCCAACGAGGAGCGCAAGCGGGUCAUCGAGAUCUGCUCGCAGAAGUUGGAGAACAUCGAGGACCCGGCGCGCGACCUGCGCCGCUCGGUGUGCAUCAACAACACGUACUGCCGGCUCAGCGAGGAGGCGCGCAGGGAGAAGGAGGCGAGGAGGAGGCGCGCGCGCGAGGAGUGCGACGACUCGUGGGUGGGCAAGAAGGCGAGGCGGGCGGUGGAGGACGAGUGCCUGGCCCUGCUCGACGCGAUACCGGAGCUGGGAGACGCUAACCUCGGCUGCGCACAGCUCGCGAGGCAGCUGCCCCGCCAGGACGUGCAGCUGCUGCCGCCCGGUUUGCUCACCGUGCUCGACUCA